AUAAAUAAUGAGAACAAUUGAUAAACGACAAAGUGAAUGCUGUAUUGCACUGAAAGUAAAGAAAUUUCUGCUUAGUAUUCUGUGUUAUUAAUGUUACCGCAAUGCCCAGGAUUUAAGGUGGUUCAAGUAAGCUAUGGCUAGUGAAAAUACUUCAAUAUGUGACUUCUCCAAAAACUUAUUUUCUUCCUCAGUUUACAAGAACGUCAAGGUCAAGGAAGAGUAUGAGGAUGUAUAUGAAGAGAAAGGAAAGAGCAAUGGGUCUGAAGAUUACCCAGCGGUGGCACCAUCGGUUGAGAUUCCAAAAUUAAAAAAAGAGAUUGAGGUUGACCAAGAAUACUUUAGUGAUUGUGUGGUUAAGGAAGAAAACGUUGUCCAAGCAGACAGCAACGAAGAACGUACUGCGAAUGAAGAGGUCGCAGUUGAAAACAACUCCAUUCCAAAUUCACCUGAUCGCUUUCCAAAGUGUUCCGUUAGACUGACCAAGAUUACUGCGGACACUGUUAAAAGUGUGAAAGUCGAAAAAGAUGGCACUGCGGAAGUGCGACAGCUCCGUAACCGCAGACAGCCGCGGCUCUACACAGACGACUGGGCUGUUGGCGAAGAGGAAAUUGAAGGAUAUUAUACAUUUCCUUUGGAAGAGAAGCUGGAAACCAACUCUUUCCCGCAGUGUUUCGUCAAAGAAAUGCAAGGAUCAGAUUUUAACAUUUUCUACUUGCAGAAAGAAGGCUUCACAGUUCCGUUGCUGUUCCCAGACAAAAGUGGAUUGGAUCUUCGACUGCCCAGUUCCAACUUCACGGUGAACGACGUUCGGAUCUGCGUGGGAUCGAGGCGUUUAAUAGACGUCGUCGACGUCAACUCCCAGAAGAACUUGGAGAUGACCAUGAAAGAAUGGCAGAAGUACUACGAGUGUCCUGAUAAAGACAAACUGUUGAAUGUGAUUUCUCUCGAGUUUAGUCACACUAAGCUGGAGCAUUAUGUUCAGACCCCAUCCAUGGUGCGUAGUUUAGAUUGGGUGGAUUGUGUGUGGCCAAGACUGUACAAAGAAUCGCAGACAGAAUCUACAAAUGCUGUUGAUGAUAUGAUGUAUCCUAAAGUGCAAAAAUAUGUUCUGAUGUCUGUAAAGGGCUGCUACACUGAUUUCCACAUAGAUUUUGGUGGGACAUCCGUUUGGUAUCACAUUCUCAAAGGUCAGAAGAUUUUCUGGCUGAUUCCACCAACGGAGGAGAAUUUGGCUACUUAUGAAAAAUGGGUUCUUUCAGGAAAACAGGGGGACGUAUUUUUUGGUGAUAUCGUGUCAAAGUGUGGGCGUGUGACUCUUACAGCCGGAAGUACAUUUUUUAUUCCAUCUGGAUGGAUUCAUGCAGUGUACACUCCCUUGGAUUCUCUUGUAUUUGGGGGUAACUUUUUACAUUCAUUUGGAAUGGAAAUGCAGUUGAAGAUAGCACAGAUCGAAGAGAAAACCCACGUUCCCCAGAAAUUCAGAUAUCCUUUCUUCACAGAAAUGCUGUGGUACGUACUGGCGAGGUACGUCUAUUUCCUGCUCGGUAACUCGCACCUGAAAGAUAAUGCCGGCGAGGACACCAGUUCCGUCAUCCACAAUCCGAACAAGCACACCCACAUGACCCAACAGGAAAUCAACGGACUGAAGGCCAUCGUGAAGUACCUGUACUCGCUGCCGAGCAGCAAGAGGAACGUGCCGGAUCUCAUCGUGGAGCCGUCGGCGCUCGUGCUGGACGUCCGCACGCUGCUGGAGCGGCACUGCGGCGACGUCUCGGACAGGGCCGUCUCCGGCAGGAUGAUCCUGCAGGCCCUCAAGCUGCUGGACGACGGCUCCGAGAAGAAGUCCAAGGGCUACUCCCCGUUCGGCUUCACCAAGGUGGGCCGCAAGCGCCGGCGCCGGGAGUCGGGCGAACCCCACGAGCCGAAGCCGGCCAGGUCGAAGCACUUCGUGCGCAGGCGGCGGGUGCGCUGCAAGAACUGCGAGCCGUGUCGCCGCAGCGACUGCGAGGAGUGCAACUUCUGCCGGGACAUGGCCAAGUACGGGGGCACGGGCGGCCUGAAGCAGGCCUGCGUCAUGCGGCAGUGCAUCCAGCCCGUGCUGCCGACGUGCGCCGACUGCAUCGCGUGCGGUUUGAACGGGUGGGGCGAGCCUCCCGUGCUGGGACAAAAGGUACCUUCCUCGGGGGCGUCGUGCACGCUCAUGGAGUGCAGCAUUUGCUACGAGAUCAUCCACCCCGCUUGUUGCGAGGCUCGGUACCCGGGACUCGAGGGAAUCAUCAACGAGGACUUGCCCAACAGCUGGGAGUGCCCCAAGUGCUGUAGUGAAGGGAAGAACAUUGAUUACCGGCCCCGCCACUUCAAAGCACGCCACCUGGUCGUCAAGAGUGAAGGCAAUUUCAAAGAGUGACCUGAUGCUCCAUUUGCCUUUGGUGGUGAGUGCCGAAUGAGUACUUAAUAGUGGAAUGUACCAUCGCUAGUGCUGCCGUAUCAAGAGUUGCAAAACAGUUUGAGGUAUCCUAGUCCUGUAUCUUUUGAAUAGUCAGUAUUCUGUCAUGACUUGCUGUGGAUUCAUGAAUGUUAUUGUAGACUUGUCUGUUCUGUUUUGGAUAUACUUAAAUGAUAAUUUGGUCUCAUGGUAAAAAAAAUACUAAGCAAAUUUAAUCCAGUUUAUCAAAUGGCCACAAUUCAUUUGAAAUCACUAUUCUUUGUGUGCUGUUUUCAGUAAAAGUGUGGCAGUGUGUUGAGAGAUAUACUUUUUUCCUUUAUAUUGAAACAUUUACAAGGCACAGUAUUUUAAAUUCACUUGUUUACAUUGAAGCACCAGAAUGAGGAAAAUUUUAUAUUUUUAGUAUGCAGUGUGCAUCUGUUAUUGUGUUACUGAGAGAUUUUAGAGAUUUUUUAAGGUCUGUUAUAGGCACAUCAAAUAGGAAAGGUACGUGCCCAAAUAUCCACUCUUAAAACAACCUGUCUUUCUGCGUAUAGCGACUGUUCAGUGUAACAAUUGGUGUGAGCCAUUGUUGACAUCAUUACAAGUUCUGAAUUAUGUAUAAUUUUUAUAUGAUACCUGAAAAGAGAGAUAGAAUGCUAGAGUAUUUACAGUGAGUUAGAAAUAUGAUGUACAUAUUUUUUGUGACUGAUGUCUGUAGUCGGCUUUCAGUUGGUGAAGAUUGACUGAAUGUUGUUUAUUUGUAUAAUCCUCUCACAGUGCAGUAGAGUUAUUUGCAAUGGUUGAAAAGGAUUCAAUUACUGUUUAUUGUAUAAACAUUUUUAUUUGUAAUUGGUUGAUGUAAGGGAUCACCAGAAAACACUGCAGGAACCUGUUUUAUAUUUUUAAUGUGGUUAAUAUAAUUUUCUUAACAUAGCUUAUUCUGGUCAUGUCAGUGAAGUGUACAAAAUAUUUUUAUGCAUUGUGUAUUUCAAUAAUUUAUCAUAGUGUCUGUAAACAUAAAUAAUGUCAUCUCAUUAAACCACAAAAGGAAAUCUAGCAGCUAGAAAAAGAAUUGAAUUUUAUAAAUGGAGAGUACAAGUUACAAAUACUCACAAACUAAUUCUUGCAGAAAGAAAAUAUUUUUAUGCUCUUUGCUUCAGGUCUUGUGCAAAUAUGUCAUCACCUCCCCCCACUUAAUUUUUGUUUUGUACAGUUGUUUUUGUAUGAAUACCAGCACGUGUAUAUUAGUGCUUCUGUUAAUGUUUUCACCUCACUUCAUAAACUUCCCUGAUAAAAAAAAAAUUUAAUUUGUAUUCUCCUAAAAAAAAUUUCAAGAUAAUUUCACUGUAUUUUUAUUUUGGACAGAUACUGUCUUUUCCUGCAGCCAACCUCCAAACGUUAAAUUUGCAUUUUUAAUGUAGUACAUGCAAGCAACAUGCUGGUUGCAAAUCAGAGCAUAUAUUGUAUAAGGAUCAACUAUUGGUAUUUAUUUUUUCUUAAUUAAGAAAUUUUCUAAUAUUAAUUUCACUUUUUUAUAUUUAUAUCGCUAGUUAUACUACCGUGAAUAUGUAUGCAAACCACUGUAUCAAAAUAGUGGUGCAUUUGACCAAAUUUUUUUCACAUUAAUAUUUAAUUUUAAUUACUAGGGGGUCUAUUCUAACUUUAUAAGGUAACCUUAUCGCAAAGUUAAGGUCAGUAGCCAUGCGUUACUAGCGAUAAAAGUGUAAAACUUAACUUAUGAACUGAAAGCAACCUUUAAAGGAUUCACAAAAAUAUUAAGUUUUCUCAUAACUUCUUAACUUCCAUUUGCACUUUUUAAAUUAAUUGAUUUUAAGUGUUUACAAACAAUCCUGACUUUUAUUGUGUUAAAAAAUAGGAUUAAUAGAUGUUGAAAACCAAAUGUUCCCAAAAAUAAAGAAAAUAAAGUGUUGCUUUUUUACAUUUUUGUAGACCAAUGGCUGUUUUCUCAUAAAACUGAAGAGUUAAUGAUGCCGUAAUACUCUGUUGUCAUGUCCUCUAAUUUGAACUUUUAUUUCUGUAAGAACAGUGCUCAGAGAAUACCAAUUUAUGGGUAGUAGUAUAUAGAGAAACUGAAAGUUGAGGCUGGUGUCAUUAAGUGCCGAAAGUUAUAAUUAAUAGCUCAUUAGAAUCAUAGCUCAUCAGGAAUCUUGAUGGUUAAAUAGCUCACGAAUGCUUCUUAUUCCUGGUCAGCAAGUUUUUUAUAUGUAUAUAUGGGAGAAUGAAUUAAUGAAACACUAAAGCAAACUUCAUUGAAAAUUUUGACAUGCUCUUGUACUUGAAUGCAGGAAAUCAACUAGCUUAAUGUGUCGACCAUAUUCCUUAUACAAUAAUUACCAAGAAUGUCUAAAGCAUAGUAGAUGUGUACCCAACAUGUGUGUGGAGUUCACUUUCAAAUAAAUUUUUUUAAUCUUGUCAGAAACAAUUUUGCGAAGAGUUUUUUAUUAAUAUGUUUUAUAAAAAAAUUUGUUUUCUAUGCCAAUUUGUAAAAAUAAUGAGUUUCGCAUUGUUUUCUGGUGAUUGUAGAUUAUUGUAGAAGACUUAUUUUGUGUACGUUUACAAUUAGUUACCUGACAAAUGGUAUCAUGGUACUUUUGAGGUUCACUUUGUGUUUCCCUAAUCUUUAUCAUUGGUUCAAAGUGGAAACUCUCUUCAUCAGAAACAUUAUGUUUUUACCAUGAUACUUUAUGCAUCUGGAUGUUAUAGUCCUUGUAUGAAAGAUUUUUCCACUAUGAAUGUGUGCACUUGAAUAUUUGUGAAGCCUUACCAUACUUUGUACAUACUCUGGUUUCAUUUUCAGUGGCCAUAUUCCACACAGUUUUUUUUUUAAAUAUAUUCUAAGUUCUGUGUAUUAUAAUUAUUAUUUAUGUAACAGUAUUGAACAUUUUUUACUCUAAACUGAUUAAACUGGCUUAUUUAAAAAGCUGAAUGGCAAUAUUUAUCAAUAAAAAAAAUUGUAAGAAAAAAUAUUUGUAAUUCUUUCGACCUUUUGUAGACUAAUGACUUAAUAUUUCUUACAUGCACUUUCUAUAUUGUGCAUUUUUUUUGUGUGAAUUAGUUUAAAUGUUACAGUUGGUAUAUAAUUUAUUUUGAUCUUUUCAGUCCCUAAAAUAAUAAAUGAAUUUCUGGAACAAAAUUUUACUAUUGCUAAAUUUUGUUGAAUUUUUUUUUUUUUUUUUUUUUUUUUUUUUAAAAAGUUGUAUGGUACAGAAUUUAAAUCAGCCGAUACAGCUUUAUCAGCAAGUAUUAUGGCCUGAAUUACAACCACUAAGACUUGCUUUUUUUAUUAUGAAAAUCACAAUCACGGCUAAUUUAUUUGUAAAAUUUUAUUCUGUUUUAACAUUGGUCAGCAAAACUUUAACUACAGAAAUAGCUUUGUAACUUUUCAUAACAAAAUUUAACAUUUCAAUAUUUAAAUGCUUCUGACUUUGUUUUGAUUGAUAAUUUUCUUGAUUGUUUUAUAAAACAUUUUUUUAAGUGCUCUGUCACACAAUAAAAAAUAUUCUGGUUUUUGUAACAUUGAAAAUAAGUACGUAGUUGCAUUUUAUUGAGGUAGACAGUGGGUAGCUGCAGUCAGUAUGUUUUUACAGUGGUAUUUCGCUAAUACCAGAUUUGCAAUGGAGAAAGUUACUUUACUUCAUUUAACAUGCAAUUUACAAAGUCAUUAAUUUCACUCGUGAUGUAUUCCCAUAUUUUUAGGAUUGUGUGAAUAUUCUGUAGUCUGAACUUUAAUUUGUGAUUGAAUUAAAAUUUUCUAAUGAAUGUCAAUGAAACUAAAAAAAAUUAUGUGAGUUUUUAAUUUUGAUUGCAUGUAACUGAAGAUUAAUAUUAGUACUUGUUAUUUUAUUUUCUAAUAAAAAAAAUUUAACAUUUCAUUUAAAUUUUUGAAGCACAUUCAGGGUAAAAUAGUAGAUAGCAACGGAGCAUUGUGCUUGCAUCAUGGAUGGAAGUUUAAUAUAAUGUAGUCCAACUCUCAUAGUUACAAAAAUAAAUAACUUUAUCAUAAAAUAUAUAAUAUAUCUGUGAUUACAACUUUCAUAUCACAAUAUUUUCCACUUAUUAUGACUGCUUAGCCAAGUGAUAAAGUGCAUGGUCACAAAAUAAAGUUUCCUGGCUAAAUCUCAUCACUGAAAAAAUUUUUUUAAUAUAAUUUUAUAUAAUUAUUAUUGUAAUUUAAUGUUAUAAUAUUACUUGUUAUUUUACUAAUAGUUAAAAUAACUUUUAACACAGCACAGAUAUUUUACACUAGGUAGGCAUAUACUCUUAUUUUUUAAUUAUAAUAAAAAUAAAUUUUAUAAGCUCAUUCAUUGUUAUUGAUUGGGAAUAUAUAUAUAUAGACACACAUACAUACACAUACACAUAAAUGUAAAAAUUGUACAUACAAAGAAGGAUUUAUGCUUGUUUGUUUUUUGUACAAAUCUACAGUUUUAUUCAGAGCUAGAUAAAAUUAUGCACCCUUGAUCUUCAAACCAAGAGUAAAAAGAUUUUAAAAAAAUGUUUAAAAUAAGAUUUUCUAAAAAGUCAUCCUCGCCCUCCCACCACCCCCCUUAAAGUAAAAUUUUGGUACUGUUUGAUGAAAUUUUGCAACUUGACAAAAGUUACUGAAUACAUUUUAUUUUGAAUAAUAGGAAUAGGAUUGUUUACAUAAGAUUUAUAUGUAUAUAUUAAUAUACAGGAUGUCCGAAAAGUCUUUCCCUGAUUACACAAAUUAAUAUCGGCUAGAAGUAAGAUAAAAUUAUUAAACUGGUGAUAAAAUGUUGAGAAACUGUCCAAGUUUUUUUGAAACAUCAGUACAAUUCUACAUGAGCACCUGUGGUAGCACGUAGCACAUCUAGUCGAUAUUCAAUUUCCAUCCACACAUUAGCCAACAUCAUUGCAGGGAUUGAUGCAAUGACUCUGGUUAUCCGUUGUUGCAGGGUUGCAAUAUCUGGUACAUGUGUUAGGUAGACCUCGUCCUUGACAUAACCCUAUAAAAAGAAGUCUAAUGGGGACAACAGAGCAUGAACGAUUGGCACUUUGUCUGCACGAAACAUUAAAUGUUUGUAGACACUGCAUACCUACUGCAAACCUAUAACAAAAAAGAAACUUGAGUUAUGAACCUAAAAUUUUGAUGCCACUUUCAUAUUUUUAUCGUAUCGUGUGAAAAGACUUUUUUUUUUUAGUGGGUAAUUCAAUUACAAAAUUUUAAAUUAUUGGUGGAUGGAGAAUAAGGGGUUUUAUUAUUUUUAUUUUUUUGAAAUUAGAUGUAGACAGUAUAAUUAAUCUAAUUUUAAUGUCAUGUGUGCAAAAUUUUAUGAAGUACCAAAACUCUUUUAAGGAGUGGUAAUUGUAGGAUGUGGUGGUUUUUCAAAAUAUGUUGACAAUAAAUUUUCCUUACACAAUUUUCCACAUUAGAUGUCACUUUUGUUAAGUUUAAAAAAUUGCAUGGGAUGAGGGAAAGAGAGAUGUUUUUUCUAAAUCCCAUGAAGACAAUGAUUUAUUUUUUUUCUAAAUCAGUUAGACAGUAAUUUUGGUCAGUUAUACAAAAUUUCAUCAAGAGUUACGAAAAUUCAGCUGUAGUAGGUGGGAAAUGGAUAUGGGGUGGUUUUUCGAAAUCUUAUGUAUACAGUGAUCUCUCUCUCUUUUUUCGAACCAGAUGGAGAAAGUACCUAAUUUUCAUUUUUCUUUGUUCAUUAGUUGGGAAAAUUGUUAUUCCUGUUUUGGAGUGGGUGGGGUAUGGGAAUGAAGGUGGUUUUGUAGACCUUCUGUCCUUUUGUUUUGAAGGUCAAGUGUGCAAAAUUUCAUCAAGCUUGUAUUAAAACUGUACAUUUGCAUAAAAAAAAGCACGCAAAAACACAUGCAAACUCAUUUUUAUAUGCUUGGAUAUAUAUACACACAUACAGAAAUAUUACUAAUCAAUUUUUAUUGUGAUUACAAAAUUUAUUUUUAUUAUAAGUAAAAAAUAAAUGUUAAGUGCCUACCUAGUUUAAAAUAACCAAACCAGUGGAUUGAGCUAUGUAUCAAAAGUUAUUUUAACUAUCAGUUUAACAAAUAACAUACGUACUAUGUAAGACAAAUAAAAAAAUAAAAUUUGCACGUGAUGAGUUAAGACUAGCGGUGGGUCAAAUCAUAACUUUCUCUAAUUUUAAUCCCAAAGAGUACGUGAAUCUGAAGCUAGGUCUCAAGGUUCCAAAAUAAAAUAAUCCAUAAGAAAUGAUAAAUAUCAUAUAUGGUGUAUAAACAUUAAACACUUUAAAUGUUUUAUUCUUGAACUAUGUUUCCAGGAUCAAUACAUGUAAUUUAUGUAUACAAUUACAUGUUAAAAGUACAACAUUAUGGGGAAUUGUAAAAGUAUAGGUGAGAAAAAAAAAUUACCUGGUAAACUUCAGAGGUUAUCAGUGUUGAAUUUUUUAAUUUACUUUAUUUUUGUAAUAUUUUUCUUUGAAUAUUUUAAUCCUCAAAUAUUGAAUCCUUCAAAUACUAAGGAUUUGAUGAUAAUUGAGGAUUUCAUUGGUCCAUCUGUAGUUUCGAACUUUAGGAAUCUCGGUCAGGAACCACACGCUUUACCUCUGAGCUGUGUAAAAUAUUGGAUUAUUACAGUUGUGAUCCCAGCAUUGAAAUAUAUAUUAAAAUUAGUGAUUUUUCUUUUUUGUGACUAUUAGAGUUUAUCAAAUGUAUAUUUGAACAGUUUUGCUAUCAUAAGGAUUUGAUUGCCACACUUAUAAUGCUAGAUACAUCCCCUGAUGUUCAUGAAAGCAAAUACGUACACAAGUUAAUGCAGCUAGAAAUGGUCAGCUGUUUGGAUGUCUUCAGCAGGUCGUCAUAUCCGAAAUGCACAUGCACAUUAGACUUGCCUAUCAUGUUACAAUUCUGUUCUUGAUGUGCGUGCAUGUCAUUGCAUAUAUGUUGCUUACUAAAAUUUCACUUGCAACACAGUUAAAAAAGUAUAACUUUAAACACUACUCCCAUCUGCCAUAUUCAAGAAUAGUUUAAAUUUCUUAUAUUCUUCGAUUUUUGUAUUUGAGUUACUUUUAUAACAUCGCAGAAUACGUGAAUACGUGCCUCCUACUACCAAUAACACUUUGACUGAGAAUGUUUUAUGUUGAUGUUUUCUAAAUGUUUCAGAAUUAUUUUGUAGGUACUCAUAUUUCUUCUAUUAUGUGUAGUUAUUUCAGUCAUUUUGUUUGUGCUGUAAUAUUAUUAUUGAUUUGGGUUAGGUUCUAUAUAAAGCAGAAUGUGGUGUAUUUUAUUAUUAUUUGUUUCACUUUAAUCUACUUAAAAACUGAAAAUUAACAUGUGUAAUAAUACUUUUUAUUUUUCCCCCAAAUUUUCAAGCGUAUUCUCGGUAGUAAGACUGUACAUCUAGAACAUUCCACAAGGUUUCAAUAGAAAGGAAGAUACGGGCACAACACUUGUCACCAGCAAGUUAUUUUUCACGCUCAAAUUAUUGCGAAAACCCAGCACGUGACCGCACGACCACAGCAAUGAGCCAGAACUUUAGCUGGACGCUGCCUCGCCAGCCAAUCAGAGCGAGCAUUGAGGUGGUGUGAUGUGUCUUCCCAGACUUGCAUAGAAAAAUAUUUUUCCAGUAUUUCUCCUUAUAUGGUAAUUCUUCUGGAUCUGUGUUGUGAUUGGUGAGACAACACUGUUUUUUUUUUGUAAGGGAAGACAACUUCAUUGUUAGUUUAUUUGUCGCUCAAUCGUCACUAAGUGCGGCCGCGUCGUCGGCAGCUCGCUGGAAACAAUGAAUUAAAGUUACGAAUGGCUAACUUCACUCCUGCGGGUCGUGGCCAGGCUGAAACAUAGCCUUUUUUUAUUAAUAAUUUUUGGACUUUUAACUUAAAAUUUGACCACAGGUGUCAGUAGCGGCCCAGGGUGACUGUUGUUGCUCUCCCGGGAUAUUUUCCGCAGGUUUAUUGGUACCUUUGUUCCACAGUAAAACAAAGGGACUUGAAUUUUUUUUGGUUAAUUGAGCAGCACACUACGUGAAUAUGUGAUACAUCGUAUGGACCUGUUAUGCAAGUUAUGAUCUACUUUUUUUUAGGUUUUGGGGAAUAAUAAUAAAAGUCUGCCUUGAACUCUUCAAUUACAUAAUAAGCUUUUAUUCUAAGGGAAUAAUUAAUUUUGAUUUUGGCAACUAAAUGAACUUAAAAAACUAAACUUUAAAAUCAUUGUAACAAACUUUUCAAGCGAUUAAAGUGUUUUGUUACUAUUCUUGCUUAGCUGGGCCAACCUGGAAUGUAACACUAUAAAAAUAAGGAAGUGUCUGUACACUGUGUAAAUUCUCGACAGUCGUUUGAACUUCAGUUAAAAGAUAUUCUGUGCUGUAAAAGAAAUUUGUGUGACAAAAAUUUUGAUUAUUUAUUGUAACUAAUGAUUUUGAAAUAGUUUACUGUAUUAUAUUUAAAAAUAAGCAUAAAUGGCAUUGAAUAUAAAGCUAUGUAGAAAAUAAGAUGACUGUGAACUUAAUUCAGUCUCGAUUUUGACCUUGAAUGUAUGUGAAAUUGAAAUAAUAAAACAAUUCCAAAUGUUAAGGAGUCAUAAAAUAAAGGCUGGUUCUUAAAUACAGCAGAACUUCAUAAUUUAUAAAUUACCUCAUUUUAAAGAAUUUCUCACUUUAGUGUUUAUAAGUUUAUAAUUUAAGGUCUUUUAAAAGAUGUUUUUUAUUUUGUAACAUUUCAGUAUAAAGUACUUUCAUGAUUAAGAGCCUACACAGGUUGAAAACAGAUUUUUUGCAAAUGGAAAGCAUUGCAGACGUCGUGGCUUGUGGGUUUUCCUGAGGUACUGUCGUUUUCCCCCACCAAUUCAUUCCGUCGUUGCUUCGACCCCAUCUCAUCUCACCUCUCACAUUUUUCAGGUUGUUGGGAAGACAGGGGUGGGACAGCAGGCUCCCGUGAGUGUCAGUUCUGUUCCAUCCAAGUACACCCUGCCUCAGGUGGGAAACUACAUGUCCAGUUUCACUGUGUGAUUUUCCUGGUAAGUAUGUUGUAAUGGGUUUUAACAAUAUAAGGUAACUUAACUCACGACUCAAAAUUACUUCAAAAUUGGUUUUAAAGUGGCCAAACUCACUUGUGAAGUAAUAUUUUUUUUUAUUUCCAUCUAAUGAAAUUUUAUAACUUUAAAAGAAAAAAAUUGCAGCUUUGCAAUUUUACUUUGCAAUUUUAAAGAAACCUUUGAUCCACGAUUGUUAGACCAUGUUAAACAGUGAAUAUCUUCUUUUUUUAAAUUUUUUUAUUAUUAUUUUUCAAGAUAAAAAUUGCACAUAAAAAUCACAAAUCUAAGAAAAAUUUCCAAUAAAAAAAAUAUUAAUUUUUGUUUUGUGAAAGUUUUCCUUGGUUUUGUUAGAAAAAUUAUAGUAUUCGCACAAUCCUACACUAUUUGGUUAAUGAAAUCCGUGUUAUCAGAAGGCUACCACAAUGUGCUUUCUCUCUGGAAUGUAUUGGUUUAGCAAACUGAUCGUGUUUUAUUUGUAGAUGAUUAAAACUCUCGUGUUUUAAUUUGAAAUAAGUUUGAUCCUUUAAUCUGCACUACCCAAAAGUGAAGAAUUUGUGAAAGUGAAUGGAUGACUUUGCUUUCUCCAGUUGCCAUUAUGAGUUAUCCUGUCUUUUUUUAUGACUUUUUUUUUCGCACAAAAAUGUUAAGCCAGAUCAGAAGAUAACUUUCGGAAGGUUAUUGUUAUAUAAUUUAUAUUUUGAAACCUCGAGAGAUAAUUUAAUCUUGGUGGUAUUCCGUGGAAAAAUAAUCAGAAUGACAAAUGAUGCUAAGUAAUUGAGUUUGUAAUUGGUUAUCUUGCUAGUUAUUGGGUUGUACAAUUUUUAGUGCAUACUGUUUAAACAUUUAUUAUUCUUAUGAUAGUGAAAAAUGAGCUUGUGAUGCUGAUAGUUCGAGGAAGCUUUGGAAGGGCCUUUUACGAAAUUAUGUUUGUUGAUAUUAACUUGCAUGAAUUUUUGUACUUGACUGAAUGCUGAAGAAGAUUUUGUCAUUGUAAAUUCAAAUCGUCAGUUUAUUGGUGAUUUUUGAGUCUCGACACAAAAAUCAUCACCAGCUGCAGUAAACAUUCAUUAAAUUUUGACACACAAGAGGCUUUUCAGUUUCAAUGGCCCUAUAUUGAUACCUACACUCUUACCUUCCUAUGUACUUUAUGUGGGUGAUCCAUAUUCGUGGAUAUCUUGUUACCCCUUCCCCAUUUUGGUUGCUUUUGUGUAAUAUCAAGGAGUGAAAAUGUUGGCAAUUUGUUUCAAUUCUGAGGCAUGUAGCUAAACUGAACUUACGAUUCGCAAAUCCUUUCGUACACCUCCAAAUACUUGAAUUUGUAUACGUUUGGAAUUUUUGAAUUUCAUGUGUAAUUAAACAUUUAAUGUUCGCCUGUGCACUAUCGGGUGCACCGCCCUGCGUGAGGCCCUAAUAUGUUUGCAAACAACUUGCUACACGACAGGUACCAAGUGAUGUAACAAAAAUAACGUAAUGCGAUUUUCAAAUCAAUAUUUUUCUUGUUUUGGAUAGCUGAAGUAUCUUUGUUAUGUCACUUGAUACCUUUUUAUCAGGUUUAUAACCAGCAUGUUUUUUUUUUUAACUGAAAUAAAAUCUCGAAGUUACACUAAGGAAAGUAUUUGCGUGUGUAGGAAAGGAUUUGUGAAUUAUAGGAUUCCCUUGAGCGAUAAAUAAUUUUGUGGCUAUCAGAAACCAUAGAAUAAUCAACAGUGUAUAUAAAGUUGUAAGGGGAUCAAUUUCCUUGUUUUCCUCGCAUUUGUAUGAGUAUUGAACUAUCUCUUGUCCAAAAAAAAAAUGAAUAUGUAGACAACCGGAUGGACGUACAAAUUAGGUAUUGUUUCAAACAAGAUGAUGAUUUUUUUUUAGAAAUCUAAACGAAAAGUUUUUUUGUUCUUUUUGUAGAUUCUGGUGUGAUUUAGGCUUUGACUAAUGUAUUUUUGUUCUUACAUUAUUGAUUUGUUACCUACUUUACAUUGUUUAUGAAAUUUGGUCGCACAGUUAGGCUGAGUAGACCUUGUGAAUUAGACUGAGGUUACAGAUUCCAAAAUAAAACUUGUCAUAAUGAUGAACUAUUUGAAUGUCAGUGAUAUCAGCUUGUCUCAAAGUAGUAAUUACUCUAAUAUUUUCUUUUUAAAAAAAAAAAAAAAAAAAAACUGGAACUGAAACAAGAAUAGUGUAAUUACUUAUUACAGCUGUUCACAUUGACGAAAAUCGGUUUGAUUCUUGGGGGGGGGGAUUUCUGUUGGAUAUUAUUAAUCAUGUCCAUUUCACAGUUAUGAUUUUGCAAGUGCAAGCAAACCCCCUCAGCGAGUGGCUUUUGAUUCCAGGGAGUCCCAGACCUCCCAGCUUCCCCCCCCCCUUCUCCAUCCAUCUCCCUUCUCAUUCUUGGGAUCUACAUCCAUGACUGUCCAUAUAGUGAUAUUUAAUAUUGAAAGUAAUAUUUUUGGAAGUAUCAUCAAUUAAUAUCUGAAAACCUUUAUAAGAAAAUAGUAAAAUCUUAGUACAAUAUACUUGAAAGAAAGAUCACACAUUUCGUACUUAAUGAUGAAAGUACAUUAUAGUAAACAGUUAAUAAGCUCAAAACAGUAAGGUGACGUCCCUUUUCACCUCCUAUUUUGACACUCGUGAUGGUUUAUGAGCCUUGAAUGGCCAAUGGUAAACACUUUCUGCUUGUUUAAGUUGUGAGCAAUGUCAGAGGUCAGGGAAGGUAAAAUUUGCCAAUGAAAUUUCAGGAAAAACCAUUAAUACAGUUGGAAAUAAAUCUGUGAAUUUUUCGAGCAAUGAUUUCGCUGGAAAAAUUUGUGCCCUGGUCAGUUGUAUCUCAGGUUAUAAAAUCAUUUAUUUCAAGCACGCGUAAUACACACACACAUACUGUACAUACUUUAAUUUGUAAAAUAAAUGUGCGUGAAUAUUUUUACUGACAGGUUUGAAAAACAUUCAUGAGAGGAGGAAAUGUACUGUGUUGUGAAUUUUGAAAAGUAUGUAUGCAAUGAUUGUAAUUUCCAAGACUGAAAAAUAAUUUAUCGUAACCUUUUUUAAUUUAUUUUGUGAUUAAAAUGUGACUUAUUGUAUAUGUACAUUCUUUUUCAUUAUCAAGAUAAAAAUCUGGUUUCGAAUUUGGUAAAAAAAUUAUAUAAGAAAUUUAAUUUGUCGAGAAAUCUUAAGAGGAUGCAGAAAGAUUAUAAAUGGUCAGAGAUUUGCAGUUUUUGAGAAAAUAUUAAGCACUAAGAUUUCUGAAGAAAUGCAAAUAAGUUAUAUUUAAUUGUGUUAAAUCUUGUAUAGCUUCCCCUUUCUGCUUAAAUUUUACUUCUGCUUUAGCCUGCCUUAUUACAACUAAAUGUUCUGACGUUCUGAGUCCAUAAGUAAUUUUUUUUUUUUUGGUUACCGAAAUCAUAGCAGUGAAAUCUAGAACAUACUUUAUUAAGGCUUAGAAAAUGGUGUAAAUAAGAAUGUAAAAUAAUUUAUGAUUAUCAAGCUAUUUUUGUAUGAAUAGGACGUUACUAUAAGCAUUUCUUGUAUGUAUCAUUUCUUUGAUUAUGCAUGAUGGUUGUGUGGCACGUGUAAUGGUGUUCAGUUGCAAGGUUUUGCAAAAUGAUGUUUAGGCCAAAGUGAAGUAGAAAAGUUAUUUGUACACAUUUUGGCAUCAUUGAAGGAAAUACAUUUAUGUUUUAAGUAUUUGGCAUCAUUUUUGCAAAACUUUAGUAUGUAGCUGUUAAAAAAACUUCUUGAAAUGAAAGUACGGUAUUUUUUUUUAUUGUGGCAUGAAGCAUUACUUGUGUUGGAAGUGUCAAGAUUUAGAUUACAAUUUUGGCAUACUUAAAUAAUUGGUGCAGCGAUGUAAUAAGGCAUAUUGAAUUGCAAUAACAGUUAAUAUAUGUAGAUUAUCAGUGAUGGAAUGGUGUUAGUCUUGUGUAGUUGUGAACUUUGCUACUUUGCUAUUGUUUUGUAGCUAUCUAGCAAGUCAAAAUGUGAAAAACAAUUUAACAUACAAAUACAGGAGUGUAUACAUUUUUGUGAUUAGAUUUGUGAAUUGUAUAUGUAUAUACACUGUGAACAUCAUUUACUUUUUUUGUGGCUUGAUGUAAAAGCCUUACUAAUUGAAAAAAUUAAAAUUUUAAAUUAGAAUAUGAAAAAAAUUUUCAUCAUUAUAAACAUAGGUAUUCUUUCAAGUUGAACAUUUUUUUGGUUAUUCAUUGUUUGUUUGAAAAUAUUAUCAACAAUUACAUAUUUGAUUUAGUUACAAUUUGUACACAUUGUGUAAGGUAUUUUGUCUCCAAGUGUAAUGGAGUUUUGUGUUAAUUUUAUUUGCCAUUACAUUAGUUAAUAAUGUAAUCUUUUAUUUGCAAAAUGUACGAGAGGUACACUAGCUUGUGUUAGACCUGUGACAGACUUAUUAUCCAUUAAAUUUAUUCUGUAUGGGGUUUCAUUGCAUAUCAUGUUUAUGAUUAGCCGAGAUUUUGGUUUGUUUUUAAUUAAUAAGUAUAUGUAACAAUGUCUGUCUGGUUAUUGUCAUGAUGCAGGCAUAUUCAAAUUGUAAGUAUGAUUUUCUUUUAUAUAAAAUUUAUGAGAAAUAAGCUGGUCAUGUGUUUGACUUAGAACUAGCAACUUGAAAAUGGAAUUUCCAACUGAUCCUUAAAAUGUGGUAUGUGUGCACGAUUGCUGAUUAUCUGCAGGUAAAUAUUUACAGGAUAAUUUUAAAGAUAUACAGGCUACAUAUUCACUGUUCCAAAUUGGCUGCCAGUUCAUUU